AUGACACAGGUUGUGUCAGUGCAGAUGUGUGACGUUAUGAAUGAAAUUGAGAUUGAAAAAAGAAGAUGCGAAGCUCAAUCGGAAAACGUUACUUCUGGUUGCAGGGGAAUGUGGGAUAUAAUUGCCUGUUGGCCCUCAGCUAGGGUUGGAGAGGUGGUGACUAUAUCAUGUCCAAAUUACUUCAGCUACUUCAAUGAUCAACAUAAGGGUAAUCUUUCAAAGAACUGCACUGCCGAUGGCUGGACAGAGAUGUCACCCAUCACCAUCGUAGUGAAUUGUGGGUAUAAUCUCAAUAGCACUGGUGAUGAUGGUCAGUUCUUUUGGACCGUGAAGAUUGGAUAUACCAUUGGUCACAGCGUCUCUCUGAUCUCCCUCACCACAGCCAUUAUAAUAUUGUGCAUCUUUAGGAAGCUGCAUUGCACAAGGAAUUACAUCCACAUGCACCUCUUCGUGUCCUUCAUCCUGAAAGCCAUUGCUGUGUUCAUUAAAGACGUGGUUCUGUAUGACGUUGGGGAGUCGGACAACUGUUCCUCCAGCUCAGUUGGAUGCAAGGCAGUGAUAGUUUUUUUCCAGUACUGCAUAAUGGCAAGCUACUUCUGGCUUCUGGUGGAGGGCCUGUACCUCCAUGCUCUCUUGGCUGUUUCCUUCUUCUCUGAGAGGAAGUAUUUCUGGUGGUACAUACUGAUAGGUUGGGGAGGCCCAACGAUUUUUAUAACAGCAUGGAGCAUCACAAAGGCCUGCUUUAAUGAUGUCGGGUGCUGGGAUAUUAUUGAAAUGUCUGACCCAUUCUGGUGGAUCAUCAAAACACCAAUUUUAGCCUCAAUACUGAUGAACUUCAUUCUCUUCAUUUGCAUAAUCCGAAUACUUCGUCAGAAGAUAAACUGCCCAGAUAUAGGACGGAAUGAAUCCAAUCAGUAUUCGCGGUUGGCUAAAUCAACUUUGUUGUUGAUUCCUCUCUUUGGAAUAAACUACAUCAUAUUCGCAUUUAUUCCUGACAACAUAAAAACAGAGUUGAGACUGGUGUUUGACCUUAUUCUAGGGUCAUUCCAGGGUUUUGUUGUGGCUGUCCUUUAUUGUUUCCUAAAUGGAGAGGUGCAGGCGGAGAUCAAGCGCAAGUGGAGGAGGUGGCACCUGGAGAGGUUCCUGGGCGCUGACAUGAAAUAUCAGCACCCCUCCAUAGGCAGCAAUGGGACCAACUUUAGCACCCAGAUCUCCAUGCUCACCAGGUGUAGCCCCAAGACACGCCGGGCGUCUGCCUGCCAAGAUGACUCCUCUGUGCUCUGAUGUCAUCAGCUCCCGUGUUUGGUCUGCUUUGCUGUGUAACCAUCUCUGACAUUUUAAGGACUGUUGAAGAAGGUGAGGAGGCAGACACUAGAAAAGGGAAAACAAUUAUGUGGCCAGCGCUCAUUGAAAAUGGGUCUUUUUUUUCAUGAAAUUCAGCCUCAUUGUUAACAAAGACUUAAGAAUGUUAUUGCUGUCUGAUGUCAAUGAUAGAGGUCAGAAAGUAUUCCCUCAUUUUUAGAUAAGAUGUAUUCAUCGCAUGUAGUUGAUGAGGUAGGUGUGAUUUCAGAAGAACAAGCUCUCCUGGAAAAAGGUUCCUGCUCUUUCAUUUAAUGUCUCAUUUCAUCCUAACACUUUCUUCCACCCAGGAACAUCUGUUCAAAACCAUAUCAAAAAGUUUUCAGAUUCAAAACACCAGUGCACUGCUGGUAAUCUCUGAUCUCUUCUGUUGUCUCUAAGGUAACAGAUCAAUGAGUACAUUUGCCAGCAAAUAUUUCAUUCAAAUGAAAAAUAACUAAUUAAUCUUGUAAUUUGUGGAUAAUUACUUUCUUGUGUAAAAAUCCGUUCCAUGGACUGUACUGCUCCCUCCCAUUCAGCUCUGAGAAACACUACACAGUUUUUACUGCCUGCUGUCUCUUGUUAGUGGACAUUUUGGAAAGUGGAUGUGAGACUAAAUGUCUUUCUUCUACAGUUAAAUAUGGUGUUGCUUUGCCAGCCCAUGCAGUGGAUUUUUCAACAACACUUAAAAUAAAAAUCAUUGUAUGAUGAUAACCAUUUAGGGCACAGAAGUGAAUGUCUGGAACUGGAGUUUGUAAGUGCUCAUUUUUUAAAAAGUGGGCCACAACACCAGUGUGCUAUGUGUAAAAAAAAAAGUUUGUCAAAAUUUACAUGUUGGGUUUUUUUGUGCAAAAGACAGCAGUAUCAGGUCUGGAAAAAAAUUAGAUAAACCACAUAAAUCCCUGGAUUUUUCAGUAAGUUUCAGUUUUGGUGGAACUUCAACUAUGUGUGAGUAAAAAAGCAACAGUUGCAUAUAAUUGUGUCGUCUUUCGGGACAA